AUGAACGCCGCAGCUGCAACCAUCGAGGAUGGGCAGGUGAACGCGCCCCCGCACGUGCCAACGCCUGCCGUGAACACCACCAGGAACAAGUGGCGGUGGGAUUCCAGCGACUCCAGUGAUUCCAGUGAUUCAAGCGACACCAGCAGUUCAAGCGACACCAGCAGUGACACCAGCAGUGACACCAGCAGUGACGAUGAGCACACCCGCCGUCGCAGGCGCAAGAGGAGGUCCAGGCACUCAAGAAAGAAGUCCAGGAAAUCCAGGAAGAAGCAGAAGAAGAAGCAGAAGAAGAGGUCCAAGACGAAGAAGAAGAAGACGAAGGGCAGGCACCGGAGCGUGCAGAACAAGAAGCGCGCUGCCCUGCGUCAUGCUGUUGCCGCCGAGUACAGCUCGUCCUCCAGCCGCGUGCACACCACCGCCCCCAUGCGCCCACCUCGCCCCGCCGCUGUUAACCAGCACAAUCUCAUGCGGAUGCCAAUGCAAGCUCCAAUGCAAGCGCCCAUGCACAUGCACGCUCCCAAGCAAGCACCGAUGCCAAUGCACGUGCCAAUGCAUGUGCCGAUGCAAGCCAGCCGCGUCCACACGGCUGUCCCCAUGCGACCACCUCCUCACUUCUCUGCCGGCACUGUCAACCAGCGCAAUCCCAUGCCGAUGCCCAUGCAAGCGCCAAUGCCAGCGUCGUUGCAGGCGUCAAUGUGCAUGCCAAUGGCAAUGCAGGUGCAGGGGCACUUGUACGGCAGCACCAGUCACGCGGUCCGUGCAGGCUUCACUCCUGUCACCACAGCCACCCACAACACGAGCUCCAGUUAUGUGCGUGCCGCCGCUGUCACUGCUAACCACACCAGCAACCACACCAGCUCUGCUUUCGUGCCAGCUCCCACAGCCAGUACUGGUUACGUGCCUGCUGCUGUCGCCCCAGGCCCCAUCACCGCCACCAGCAUGACGACGACGUUCAACAAGAACGGGCGCAGUUCCAAGGGGACGAAUGCGAGCGCUGGACAGCAGCUUGAUCGCAGCAACGGCGCCGCCAAAGCCAAGGCUGGCCGUUUCUGCCACAAAGACGAUGGUGGACAGCAGUGCAAGCACGUGCAGCCGGCACCACCACCAGCCACGACAGACGCCCUGCUCAAGAUGGUGCUCGCUGGCAACCUUGGUGGCGGCCGUGCAGACUUCAUGUGCUCAGACGGCCAUGCUGAGACAGCGACGAUGCUUGAGCUCUUCGCAGCCGCGCUGGCAGAGUCACAGGGCACAGAGGCCGUCCCAGACCACCACCACCACCGGCCCAACACGCUUGUAGAUGUGCACAUGAGGAAAGCACUGCUCGGCGAUGCAGUGCGGUGUUCAAGCAUGCGGCCGUGCAUGGUUGAGCUGAAGGCGCGGGCUGCCAUGUGGAUGAUGAACGUGUUGCAGCACAUGCCACCAAGCACCACCAGCAAGAACAACGACGACGGCGACAGCGCCGAUGGUGGAGACAUGCUGGUGGUGUGA